UCACAAAACUGCUGUCAUAACAUACUAUCGAUUAGUGAAAGAUCAAAUUAAAACGUUAUAAUGAGAUUUUCAAAAUUUCCUGUGUUACCAAAAAUCAUAAAAUUAACAAUUAGGAACAUAACUAGAUCAGUUGCUAUAAAACCAUAUAUUGCCAAUUCCCCUCCAAAACCCCUCAUAGUUACCCUAACAGGUUCUCACUCAAGAACUGGACAUCAUAUUGGUUUAAUUUUGAAACAAUAUCCCGUAAUUGAUGAGCUCCGUCUUUUUGAUUUUAAUGAAAGAAUAAGAAAAGUAGUGGCGGACUUGAAUUUAAUAGAUGGAUCUACAGUAGUAAAGGCUUACAGUGGAGUCAAUGAAUUAAAGCCAGCUAUUGAAAAUGCUCACAUUAUUGUUGUUUGUCCAGAAGAGAAAAAGACCAUAACUAGAAAGGAAGAGCUAUUAUUUGAUGUGUACGUUGAAGAUGUCAGAAACAUUGCAUUAUUUACAUCAGAAUUUAAUCCCAAAGCCAUAUUUUGCAUUGCAACACAGCCCGUUAAUUCUCUAGUACCAAUGGUUUCUGAAGAAUACAAAAAGUCACGCAAUUAUGAUUAUCGAAAGAUUAUUGGAGUAACAACAGUCGAUGUUUUGCGUGCCAAUACUGAGGUGGCAAGAUGCCUCAAUAUAGAUCCGAAUAUUAUAUUCUGUCCCGUGAUUGGUGGAUCAAGUUCCAAAAGUACCGUUGCACUUUUAUCUUACGUAAAGCAACUGUCAAAACUACGAUGUUACAAUAAGGCGUUAUUUCACGAAUUACAAAGUCAUAUAGCCGAUAUUGAACCGUCUAUUAUGAUGGCCAAAAAUGAUGACAAUGAUCGGACUCCCCAGACAUCAAGAGCUUAUGCUAUUGCCCAAUUUGUAAUGCAAGUAUGCAGAGGACUGAAAGGAGCCUGUAACUGUGUAGAGUGUGCAUUUGUGAAACAAGUCGGCCGCCCUUCCGAAUAUUUGUCGUAUAUGUCAACAGUAAUUAAAUUAGGACCAAGAGGAGUUGAGAAGGUGUAUAUGCCAAGAUUAAGUUUAUGGGAAGGUGAAAGGCUUUCUGUUGUAGUUUCUAAUAUACGAAAUGAUAUUGAAAGGGGCAUAAGUUAUGUACAUGGAUAUCAGUUUCCCAAAACUGAGAAGUCUAGCGAAUAUUCUUGCGAUAUACUAAUUGCUGAACCAGUAACAAAUAUGUCUACUUUAGAUGUCGAACUGACUCCGAGGAGUAGACCAAUGCCAGAUAAACCUAAAAGGAAUCCCAGAUAUUUUUAUUCAUAAAUUUUAUUGAUUAAUGGAACUACUUUCGAGUGAAAUCUUUUACAAAAAUCAUAAAUAAUAGAUAUUUUUAUGUCUGCUUUCACCGUAAUACAAUGAGAUUUACUUAUGAAAGAUUAUAUUCCAUCUUAU